UAAAAAACAGUGUCAUGGCUCUGGUGAUGCUGCCCUGUGAUUUGCCCUGGUGGCCGGCGGUUGUUAAACAGCUGGACAAAGCUGCUCUGGCCAGAAAUUCCCAAGAUUUAAUUGGAGCCAUGCAGAGGAUUCAUGAUAUGUGCAACAUAAGUCUGGACCCGGACGAAGAUGAACAAGACCCCGAUCUCUUUGUCGGGUUUGCCAAGUUUAUUGAUGAGGAUCUAGGGCCAGGGGAACGAGAACAAAUGUUCGUAAAGACAAUACCUAAGAUUGUAGAGAGAGCCAAAGCUUUGAGGAAUACCAAACCGCCUCAGGGGCUUUAUUUUAGUUUGCAGCAACAAGGAGACCAUGUGGAGUAUAGUUAUGGAUUUGCUUCUUCACUAGUAGCCAAUGCCUUUUUUUCGACGUAUCCUAAGCGCACAGUUAAAACGCAUCCGACAUUAGGAGAUUUUAAUUUCACUAAUUUCUUCAAGUAUCUUCAUUUAAAUAGUCAAAAAAUAAAAUUACAAAGCAUACUCCAAUAUUUCGAGUUUUUAGAAACCGAUGGAGCGUUGGAAGGCCGGAUGCUCGUGUCCAGGCAGGUGAUGACGUCCAAACAAUGGCUGACUAUUGAAGAUUGGCUUGAAAGCAACGUGCCAUUGUGUCCCUUGACAAUUCGGCAUGUCGGUCGGUUAGAACGAGUCGAUACUGACGCUAAAGUUCUGCAUGUCUGCUUCGCGAGCUCUAGAUUCGGCGAGGGUGUACUUGAAGACGCUAUUAGCCAAGAAACUGUACAUAUAGCAACUCAUCCAGAAAUGCUUGCUGUGAUAUUGUCCGUGGAGGCCUUAGAAGACAACGAAGUGUUGAUAGUCGAUGGUGCGCGACAUGUAUCCCGAAUAAAUAAUCCCAAGCAAAAGGCAACAUUUGAGAGCAUACCUAAUCCAAAUCCCGUUACCGUUUGCUGUAUGGACGCCGAUAAUUAUUCACUUAAGCCACUUGAACAGUUUGAAGAAGACAAUAUACUUCGUGAGAUGAAUAAAUCACUGCUGGGAUUUCGUCAAAGACAUUUGCCGGCAAGUCCCACGGAAACGGUCAGCCUGGACGGUGCUGCUUGCCCCGACGGAGUGAAAAGAGGAGGUUCUAGAGGAUUUGUAUUACGAGAUGAGACUGUCGAUGAAGAUUUUUUAAAAGCAUCUUUGGAAGCUGAACAAAAAUGGCUCGGAAAGUUUAAAUAUACUCAACAGCCAGUUUUACAAAGAAAAGACACUAACAACAGUAGCAAAUACAGUUUUAGUACUGAAUAUAGUUCUGAUUUUUGCUCAGAAUUGGAAGAAGUCUACGAGCAAUUGUCAAAGUGGUUGGAUGAUCCAAUAGCAUCAGAUGAAAACCACGAGUUGGAAGCAAGAGACCGUGCAGUGAUUCAAUUUGCGGGUUCUCUAUUGCGAAGAGCUUUGAGUGAAUCAUUCGCAGGUGUUCCUGUCCAGGAAGGCGAGCCCCAACUUAUCAUAGGGACAAAUGACGUUCAACAGAAGCACAAAUUAGCUCUGGCUGUACGGAGUCUCAGUCUCGAGCUCGCCAGACAGAGAAACAAGCGUCAGCAGUCGAUCUCAGACACAGAGGAUCAACAAGAAGUUGAAGAGGAGGAUUUUAUGGAUGCUUUUGAAGUACAAGAAUCUCCAAAGAAAGUUGAAUCAAAGCGAAAUAAAUGGACAAUUAAUUUAACAUCCCUAAAGGAGCUUGAAACUCUUCUUGAAGAAGAAUCACCAACUUUUAGUCGGCGACUACAGUUUCCGGAGAUAAAUAUCAAAAAUAUUUAUAGCGAUGUCGAAGGAAUAAAUAAUUCGAUCCCAGGAGACAGCAGUCCUCAAGACGGUGGACUUUUCCCAGUAGCAACCGGGAACUGGGGCUGUGGAUCACGAUUGAAAGGUGACCCGCAAUUGAAACUGGUGAUUCAAUGGCUAGCAGCUUCUUUGGCUGGAGUUCCGCGACUUAUUUAUUACACUUGUGGUAAUCCGAAUUUAUCUAAGCUUGAUACUGUGAGCAGAGUCCUCACCGACCGAAGAUGGACAGUUGGAGACCUGUCGACCGCGAUGCUGAGAUUCGCGGUUCAAACACUACGAGAUCAAGUGAAGGGUCGGAAUAGCCUCUUCGACGAACUGAUUGGCCACGACAAGCCUAGUCCU